CUCGCAUCAUCAUAGGCACUUAGUUUCUUGAACCGGUUUUAGAACUCGCUAGGCUUGUGUGUGGCGAAGAACUCUUUUUUACUCCCUUGCUUGCCGACAGAUCGAAUCCCACGAUCAGUGACUUGUGUAUGAAUUUAGUACUGUUGGCUCUAUUCGAGCAUGUUUCGGUUUUAAGAGAACUGCUACAAUGGCAAAAGUUAAAGGAAUAACACUGAAACGGAAUUAGCUGGUAUGUUUCCACAAACUGUCUGGAUAAGCUCGUUCCUUCCAAGCUAAAUUUAGUUGCUCGCAGUUGACAUCAAAAAUGAUGUCGCCUAAAGUAUCAACUAUUACAACGACGGCAUGAUAGCCGCUUUCAGAAUAUCGAGCAUCUUGUUACUGCUUGCAGCUUUUGUCUGGAGAACAAAAACAGAGACCCAGUGGGCAACCGGCAGCCAUGCGGAAGAAGAAGAGGAAAAGAAACUGAACGUAGUUAUCGGAAAUUUGCCUAUAAGGAGUACUCUUUCCGCUAAUGAAAGUUCAAAUGAUGAUUCUUCCUUAAGUUCCAAAGAUGAAGAAAAGUCAACGUUUUCGCGAGAACGCAUUUCGAACUUUACGAAUUCUGAGGAGCUCUUUGGAGAUACUAAAAGUGAAGCUAGUCCUGAAAAUAGCGUCGAUCGCGAAACUUCAAACGAAAAUGGUGGCUCUUUGGAAGACCGUCUAGAAGUCGAUACUUCAACUAUAGUGAACUUCAAAGAACAAUAUAAGCCUCUAGAAAGUCUUCCUGUUAGUAAUGAAACUUUAUUAACCACUACUACAUCACAUAUUGUUGAAAUAUCUGAUCAAUCUAACUGCUCCUUCAUCGGGGAGAAGUGCAAACCUUUGCAGUCUGUGCAAACUACAAAUUUGGAUUCUAAACUUCAAGAUAAAAUGUUUUAUCCCACGCCAAGUUUCGCCGCAACAACUUCCCCAGCUUUAUGGAGCAUUGUUAAAUCAUUUAGGCCAGAUUCAACUCUUCACCAGCGAUCUAGCGUGAAAUUAUUUCCAACAGAAAAUUCAAUAAAUGCUGCGACUGUGACUCCGAACACUCCAGAGAGCUCAACGGCUCAAACUUCUGAAAAUAUAAUUUUAGUAGAAGGCCUGGGCAUCACUAAAGAUGAAUCUGUGAUACAAAUUCACAUUAAUAAAAGUGAAAAAUCAAAGCACAUAAAACUUGAUGAGCCUUUUGCAGAUUUUACUGACAGAUCAUUAAGGCAGUUUCCAAAAAGUAGUUUUACUAUUCCAACGAGUGAAUUUACGAAAGAAUCUCUCUUAUACUCUGAAAUGCAUACGUUAAGCUCAACAUUUCUUACAAAAUUAUUCGCAGCUACUACUAUUACGCCUACAGAAUCAUCUACACUAUCCUCUUCUGUUAAUUCUUCAGAGUUUUUCCUUUUGUCAUCUGAAGUGAAGACAAUUCAACCUUACGACUUAGUAACCAGGGAGAGAGAGAUUUUUCAAAUGAGCAGUUCCUCUUUUCCACCACCAUUUUCUAAAGAAACUCCCGUCUUUUAUAGUCCAAUUCCUGAAAUCUUUUCAACUGUUUCAUGGUACAAUGCCAAGAGCAGCUUUGAAGCUACUGAUGACAAGGAUGAAAAAGAACGUACGGAAACACUUUCAGAGUAUACACCAACUUUAUUUCCAUCGUUUAGUGAAUCCUCGAAAUCAAAGGAAACAGAAAAUAUUAGCCUAAGUCCGAUACCUUCAUUUUCUAAGAUGUCAAAUGCAUCAUCUUUCGUUUCGACGAAGACAACAACUGCUGUAUCAAUUGAGCCAAUCUUACAACCACAUCUCAGCAGCCGAACUGUCAUAAAAGAUGCAACAACUAUCUUAACAACUCCUGAAGAAGAAAGUGCUCCACCUCCCAGGAUAACAAAUCCUGGUUGUUCUAGUCUCCCUAUAUGCGUUGAAAUCACACUGCUGGAAACAACCUGGGAAGAAUUCUGUUCGCAGGCCCAGGACUUCCAAGAAUUUUUGUCUAAAACUGUUUCGCAUUACACUCGCCCCAUCCAUCCCCACCAAAUCAUUCUAGAUGCGGAAAGAUGCAGUUCUUCCAUCCACUCUUUCCAAGCGACACCUGAUGUUUCUGUCGCAUUCUAUGUGACGGACGAUUCUGGAGAAUAUGAGGAAAGGCUCACGGAUAUUUGCGGAUUUAUAUUAACAAAAUGGGCACCUACUGCAUUCAGAAAUUCGGUCAUGGAAGUAAGAUUUUACAACAGCGAAAUACAAGCCACUCAGCUGCCAGUGAUACCCGAGCUUAAUUCUGGAUUCGUAGCAGCUGUAUCAAUAUCAGCUGUGGCAGGCGUCGCCUUGUGCCUCCUUUGCAUCCUUCUGGUUAUAAUGAAGCAAAAACUUCUUCAAGGCAGAAACUCGGAGACUACAUCUCCAUCAGCGGACGCCUACAGUCUGGACUCUCUUUCAAUCAACGCUAGUUUUAGGAGAAGGAGAACGAGGAGGUCUGCUAGGUCAUACUUAAAUCAUGCUUUUAACGAUCAGGAAUUUCCAUCUCAUCCUCUGAACGAAAAAUCGCUUACGAAUUGCUUAAAAAACAGAGAGCUUUUAGAAGAAGAAUUCAAGAAAAUCCCAUUGAAUAUGCCAAAACUAGACCAAAUUCCCGAAGGAGCCCAUGUUAAAAAUAGAUAUUCUAAUAUACUCCCAAAACCUGAGAGUAGAGUUGUGUUAGCAGAGCCAUCUGGCGACCCACUGAAAUGCUACAUCAACGCAAAUUAUAUCAAAGGUUAUGGAGGGAAAGCCGCUACUUAUAUUGCAUGUCAGGCUCCGCUUCCUGAAGGCAUUGAAGAUUUCUGGAGAAUGGUUUGGGAACAACAAAGCAGAGUAAUCAUUAUGCUUACCAUGUUUGAAGAAAAUGGAACGUCACGAUGUGCUGUUUAUUUUCCUCAAAGUACGUUGGUAUCUCAUCCACCAUAUGGAGAUUUUCAAGUAUCUCUGCUGAAAAAAGAUGUCUACGAAUUCUACACUAUGUCUACUUUUCGUCUUUUGGACUUGGAGUGUUUCAUUUUUCAGAAAAAUCUGUUUCGUGAUGUCGUUCACCUGUGGUAUACAAGCUGGCCUGACGUAGGAGUUCCUAAAGACCCAACAACUCUAAUCUCAUUUAUACAACAAUGUCGACCUUUCAUCAAUUGUAACUCAGGUCCAACUGUUGUACAUUGCAGCACCGGAACAGGCAGAACUGGCGUAUUCAUUGUUCUGGAUAUUUGCAUGCGAGAAUAUGAUGAAUCCCGAUCGAUUGAUAUCCUACAAUGUGUGUCUCAGUUGCGAAAGGAUCGAGGUGGAGCCGUUCAGAAUAAAGAUCAGUACAUACUUAUUUAUGAGGCUAUGCUGGAAUAUAUCUCUAGAAUGGCUAAUCAAUCGCAUCGCCCCUCAAUACGCAGCAACAGCUGAAGGAAUGCGUGUUCUUUCAAAAAGAUACUGCAAUACAAGUUAAUGCUCAAGACAGUUCAAUAUGUAGAUAUGGCUGGACAUUUGUUGUAAAGUGAAAUAUUUAAUCGUUUGUACAAAAAUAUGAGUUUUAUGUACCUAUAUUUUAACUGUUGAGUGUAUUUUAGUAUUUAUGGUACUGAGAAUUUGUCAUAAAUAUAUUUAUGUAAUUAUAAAUAAAAUUAUAAAUAAAAAUAGUCUUUUAAAGAA